UCGCCAGGCUGCGAACGUCACACGCUUCGACAUCUCGAUACGGGAGGACCCAUUAUGCUCACCGAGCGGCUCACGGCUGCGGGGGAGCAGAUCCUCGCGGGGCUGGAGGAAACCUUGUUAGAGUCCGAGGAGCGAGUGGAGCGGACAGAGCGGUCCCAGCGGGAGGUCUGCCGCCAGAGGAGGCUGCUCGAGGCCGCGAUGCAGCCCGUAGUCCGGCUGCAUAGAGCAGUGUGUCCUGCAGACAUCCAGCAACUGAUGGUGAUUAAAGAAGAGGUUCCCUCUGAGAAGCAGCAGUGGAGCUCCCUUGUGGACCAGGAGGAUCCAAAGCCCAUCCACAUUAAAGAGGAGCAGGAGGAACCGUGGACCACUCAGGAUGGACCACAGCUUCAAGGACUGGAGGAGGCUGAUAUCAAGUUCACAUUGACUCCUGUCGCUGUGAAGAGUGAAGAAGAUGAGGAGAAACUUAAAUCGUCAACGCUUCAUCCGAGUGAGACGAAGGACAACAGAGCGGACUGUGGAGGACCAGAACCAGCCAGGAACUCAGGUCCUGAUGGACGUUUACAACCAGGUCCUGAGGACAAGACUGAAGACUCUUCUGAGACUGAAGUCAGUGAGGAUGAUUGGAUGGAGCCUCUAAGUGAUAUGGAUUGUAAGACAGAAAAAAAACCGUUUUGUUGCUCUGAGUGUGGUAGAAGAUUUAACCAUAGGUGCAGUCUAAAGAGGCAUAAGAGGAGUCAUACAGGAGAGAAACCGUUUAGUUGCUCUGUGUGUGGUAAACGAUUUAACCAAAGGGGUAAUCUAAAUAGACAUGAGAGGAGUCAUACAGGAGAGAAACCGUUUAGUUGCUCCGAGUGUGGUAAAAUGUUUCAACAAAGGGACAAUCUGAAUAUACAUAAGAGGAUUCAUACAGGAGAGAACCAGUUUAGUUGCUCUGAGUGUGGUAAACGAUUUAACAGAAUGGGUAAUCUAAAUACACAUAUGAGGACACAUACAGGAGCGAAAUGGUUUAGUUGCUCUGAGUGUGAUAAAAUAUUUGGUCAUAGCAGCCAUCUAAAUACACAUAUGAGGAUUCAUACAGGAGAGAAACCGUUUAGUUGCUCUAAGUGUGAUAAAAGAUUUAACAGAAGGGGCAAUUUCAAUACACAUAUGAGGAGUCAUACAGGAGAGAAACCGUUUAGUUGCUCCGAGUGUGGUGAUAGAUUCAACCUAAGGUGCAAUCUUAAUAGACAUAUGAGGAUUCAUUCAGGAGAGAAACUGUUUAGUUGCUCUGGGUGUGAUGAAAGAUUUAACAGAAUGGGUGAUCUUAAUACACAUAUGAGGACACAUACAGGAGAGAAACGGUUUAAUUGCUUUGAGUGUGAUAAGAGUUUUGGUCAUAGCAGCCAUCUAAAUACACAUAUGAGGAUUCAUACAGGAGAGAAACCGUUUAGUUGCUCUGAGUGUGAUAAAAGAUUUGACAGAAGGGGAAAUUUCAAUACGCAUAUGAGGAGUCAUACAGGAGAGAAACCGUUUAUUUGCUCCGAGUGUGGUGAAAGAUUCAACCUAAGGUGCAAUCUCAAUAGACAUAUGAGGAUUCAUACAGGAGAGAAACCGUUUAGUUGCUCUGAGUGUGGUAAAAAAUUUGGUCAAAGUAGCCAUCUAAAUUCACAUAUGAGGAUUCAUACAGAAGAGAAACAGUUUAGUUGCGCUGAGUGUGAUAAAAGAUUUAACAGAAUGGUUGAUCUAAACACACAUAUGAGGACACAUACAGGAAAGAAACGGUUUAGUUGCUCUGAGUGUGAUAAAAGAUUUAGUCAUAGCAGCAAUCUAAAUACACACAGGAGGAUUCAUACAGGAGAGAAACCGUUUAGUUGCUCUGAGUGUGAUAAAAGAUUUAACAGAAGAGGCAAUCUCAAUACACAUAUGAGGAGUCAUACAGGAGAGAAACCGUUUAGUUGCUCCGAGUGUGGUGAAAGAUUCAACCUAAGGUUCAAUCUCAAUAGACAUAUGAGGAUUCAUACAGGAGAUAAACCGUUUAGUUGAUCUGAGUGUGGUAAACAAUUUAAGAGUCAGUCCUAUUGUACGAGACGUGAUUCUUAAAGGAGAGAAGAGAUUCAGUUUCAAUCUCUUGUAACAAAAGUUUACUUUUUAUUUUACAGCAGAUACUUAUUUAUACAUAUUCCUAGUUCACUGUUUUAAAUAGAUUAUUAACAGGUUCUAUGUCCUUACAAAGUAGAACACAUUGAAUAACAGUAAAGAGUUGAGUUUAUAUAUUUUAAAUUUGCCUAAAACGCCUGUUUAAGGACACCCAAAUUAUAUUAAAGCCCGUUCUUGAAACAUUUGGAGUAAAUUCAUGAUUUUGGUCUCUUUCGAAAGGUAACAUUCAGAACUCUAAGUGCUACUUGCAUUGAGUAAUUGCAGUGAGCAUACAUUAAAGUAAAAGGUUUUUUAUUUCGGACUGAACAUUUUGCAGAUGACUCUUGCUUGGACUUAUGAGCUGGAAAACACAAUGGGACCCUAUCAUGAAGCCUUGACUAGCCCAAGUUCAAAUUUGAUAACAAUACCACAGUAAAGGAAUAUUUGACAUUUUUUUCCUAAGUGCAUGUCUAUGCCUUUUCCACAAAGGCCAUUGGAAGACUCCAAAGGGCCCUUUGUAACCAUGGUAACCAAUCAGGCUAAAAAUGCUAAUUUUACACUCAAAGUUAUACUUUUAUAUAAAGGAGACAAAACCGGUCAUUUGGUUUAAAAUGUAUACAAAUAAACAUCUUUCAUAUAUUUUAGCAACAUGUAGCAGUCACGAUGGGGACGAAACUGUGACACACGGUGUUCUGGGACCAGCUGGACACUGUUGGGAAAUUUCAUUGUCUAAACGAUACGCCAGUCAUCAGAACAAUCGGUUGGAAUUGGCUCAGCCUUUACACGUCAGAAGAGGGGCACGCUCUUUCCAACAACAACUAGGUGCCUCGUUGGGUAUUGAAGGCUGUGGACAGCCCAUGUCAGCUCCGAUUGGGUCAAGUUUAGAUUGACAGCUCACUUGAACCAAUAGGACAUGGCUAUCUACCAUUUUGAGAGCUGCACACAGAGUUAUAAGUGAGAGUACGUCCCAGUUUACACGGAGGAGGUGGCUGCGCUGACAUUAUGCAACAGCUAACAGUGGCUAUUCUUUGAUGUAAUAGUGUGUUUUGGACUGACAUUGUUACUGAUUGGAUCGUCUGGACCUUUGGCGAUCUACCAACACCGUUUCUGUUGGAAUGUUAUCGAUUUGUGGAUUAAUAUGAAGCUUCUUACGUGAGUCGCAGUGACUUUUGUUCCAUUUCCGGUCUGACUGAGGCGUUGAUUGUACCGGCUUUGGUGAUCGGAUCUUUAAAUGGUUAACAUCAGUGGAAUCUGAAGAAUCUUCGCUUUCAAACGAUAUGUUGCAUUAGUACCUAGCUGUACAAGGCAGUUCUGUAAAUAACAAUGUUUGACGUGAUCGGUAAAACAGCGCACCUGGUUAAGUAGUUCAUAUGAUUAAAUAUGUUUUUUUAAAUAAGUGUUUCUUGGUUAGUAAUAUUCAGUGACCGUGUGUUUUCUCCUUUAUUUAUUGAAUGUGUUUCCAUGAAUAAAAGUCUAAUAAAAAGAUAAUGGUGUCUUCA